UCUACCGUCUCCUUCGCACAGAGUGCUCAGUCUCAGCUGUUUUGCGUAGUUUGUUUUUAUUUCGCUCGCCAUUCCAGCGAGAGUGCACGCAAAGGCGCUUCAAGAGGAUUUCCCAGACACUUUUCUCACCAUCCCAAUGGCCAUAUUGGAGUGUGUGGCGUGAAUUUAGGUGGAAAAGUGUCUGCUGGUGCGAUUGUGAGUGCAAAGGCUGUGUUCAAGUGUCGUGAAGAGUGAACAAAGGAAGUUACAAGUGGCACUGUGCGAUUUUCUUUGUUGUGUUCAACUCGUCCCCCUUUCGCCCAAUCAUCUCCAGUGUUUGUGUUCACAAUCCGUCUGUCUUCUUGGCCAGAAGUGCGACGAGGGGAUUUCGAUAGGGAUUCGAUUUGGAGGAGAGUGUCUCUGAACAAGCUGUGAAAUGCCCUUUUACUCGAAAGACUGGCGAGAUCCAGGCGAGGCUUGGGUGAAAACGGACGAAGGAUGGGAAAAGCUGAAGGUGCUGGAGUGUGGCAAGCGGAAAAGAUGCAGCAGCGAGUGCAGCAACUCAUCAGAAGUGUGCGACACAGAGAAUUGUGAGUCUGAAGCAGAGAUUCCACCUCACUGUCACAUCACACUCAAGUGCACACGUGAGAUCGCUGGAUUCAAUGCCCUCGGCGAGGCUGUGCGCCGCCUUGACUUCCGGAGUGCCGUGAAGGAUCGCAAGCGCUUCCAGUACAUCUGUGCACUGCUGCGGAUGCUGGUGGCGCACAAGGGCAUCGCCAGUCUUCCUGGUGGGGCGCAGCGCCUGCUGCUGCAGAUGGUGGAGGAGGUCGCGUGUCACGUGAGCGAUAGUCAGCAGAAUCUCAAUGUGCUGCGCGCACUGGUGAUGCAGCUGCAAGAAAUCAUCUACCAGGAGAAUCAGAAGUGCUGGGGAAAGCCGUUGGGCAGUCAGAGUCUGUGGAAGGGACAUGUGGAGACGAUUCAGCGUAUUCAGCACAUUGCCGAUGAGAUUCGCAUCAGUGGUCCAGGGCCUGAAAUUCUUCCGAAGCUGCACGAUUUGCCGGAGGAGUGCGUGCGUGAGAUUCUGCUGCGUCUGUCUGACUACAGAGAUCUCGAGGCCUCAUCGGCGGCUUGGAGUCUGAUGUCCGCCCUGGUGGCGGAGCAGCGUGUCUGGCGUGAGCUGACGUGCUUCCACUUCACGUCUGAGCAGAUGCAGGUGUUGCUGGAGAAGGAAGGCUUCCUGCAGGAGGACGGCUCGAAGGAUUGGAAGAAGAUCUACCACGCUCUGAGGAAAGCGCAUGGUCUUCGGGAGGAUCUUCAGUAUGCGGAAAUACUGUCACUGUGCAGAUUCUGUCGGUGCCUCUUCUGGCCUUCGGCCGGGCAUCCAUGCAUCGCCGAUCAGUGCCCGGACUUCAGGGCGCGCCUCAAGGAAGCGGGAUGCCUGAUUGAGUCACAGCCUGUGCCGCCGGCGCAGUUUCUCAAGUACUUCUCGCUGUAAUGAGGAACACUUCCAGUGUCCGUCACACCCUCAAUAAGUGAAAUCCCGGAUGGUAGAUUUAAUUUUACGGGUGUAUUUAAUUGUUGUGUCCUUCUAUAAGUAUUAAGACUAGACAGAGAGAGAGAGAGAGAGAGAGAGAGUGUGAGUCAGUCAUUCCCUGGAGAGCCGCAAAUGCGAUGCCGAUGGUAAAUUUCGACGGGUGAAUGGAAAACUAUAAAAAGUCUUAAGUAUUUUUGAAAAGCUCUUUAUUUGUUCUUCCUGUACAAAAAUUUUAAGAUUUCUAUCUUAUGAAGCAAUAGAAAAAAAAUCUUAUUUUAUCUAAAAAGCACAAAUGGAGAAAAAAAAUUGUCAUGUUUUGCGAAUUAAAAGUCAAAUUUUCAUUGUUUACGCUGAAGAAUUUUCUCACAAGAAAAAUGUCUCAAAAAUUGCAGUCAAACGCAUAAAACGCCUUUUCAGAAAAUAAUUAUAGAUGUUCAGAAUUAUUCUAAAAUGUUUUUUAGGCUUUAAAUGAAAUAUUUAUCAUAUCUUUUAAAUUUUUUCACUUGAAAACAUUAAGAAAAAGUUCAAUUGAAGUAUGAAAAGUUGAUUUUUUGUAUAAAAUCGACUCAAAAACCAUUAAAAAUUGACUUUGGAAAGUAAUAUUUUCAGAUUUUCUAUUAAUUUUGCCAUAUUUUAGUCAAAAAUUUCAAUAAAUACCGAUAAAAUCAACUAAAAUAUUCACAAAAUAAUAAAUACAGAGCAAUAUUUGCAUUUUAACGGACGAUUUGAAGGCGUUUUGAUGGUAAAUUUGGCAAAUUUCGCAGCGAUAUUGAAGCCUAAAUUUUGAACUCACUUUGCUGAAAAAUUGCGUUUUUGACUUUUUCAUAGUUUUCGACUCACCCGUCGAUUUGCACUUUCAUUAUAGAAAAAAUAUAUUAAUUGAUUUUGCCGUCCAAGAAAAAAAAGAAAACGUUUAAGAAAUGUCACAAUAACACUGAUAAAUGAUUCUAAUAUACCAAAAUUUAUCACUGCCAGAAAUUAUUAAAGAUUUCAUUGAAGUCUGGAUCAACGAAAAGUGUAAGAAAAA